GGGAAAAAAGGCUUGUUACUAAAGAUGAAGAUUCUUUUAAGUACUGCUUUAGUGGCGUGCACCCUUAUAUCGUGCAUCUACUGUGCAGACGUUACAAUUGUUUGGUGUUAUCACCUGCCAAGUUGCAAUGAAACAAAAUGGCCAGAACUUGCUCCAAAGUACUGUAAUGGAAGUAGACAGUCACCCAUCAACAUCAAAACGUCAGCCGCCAAAGCUGAUUCUACCCUGACUGAAUUCACCUUCACUAAAUAUAACGACAAAUCCCUAUUGAAAGAGAUUGUAAACACUGGCAAAACAAUCCAGGUUUACUUCAACAGUGGUGCGAAGAUUUCAGGAGGUGGUCUACCUGAGGAGUAUGAAAGCCUUCAGUUCCAUUUGCACUGGGGAAAUGGUUCCUCUGUCCCUGGCUCUGAGCACACUGUUGAUGGAAAGCGUUACCCCAUGGAGCUGCAUAUUGUAAACAAAAAGUCAUCAUUAAACCUAACUGAAGCUCUGAAAGAUCCCAAAGGACUUGCUGCUCUUGGUUUCUUUAUCGAGAAAAAAUCAGGUGAUGCAACUGAUGAACCUGCAAGCUGGAAUACUUUAACCUCGUACUUGAAAAACAUCUCAAACAAAGAUGACAAAAUCAACAUGGCGUCUGGAAUUUCUCUGGAUGAUCUUCUGACAGGUGUGGAUCGCACAAAGUACUAUCGCUACCUGGGUUCCCUGACUACGCCCGCUUGCAAUGAGGCUGUGGUUUGGACCGUGUUCAAGGAGUCCAUCAAAGUCAGCAAAGAAUUAAUUGACCUUUUCAGCACUAUGGUACAUGUCAAUGGCAGUUCAUCACCUUUGAUGACAAAUGUCUACAGAAGUAUCCAGGUGGACCAACCUGUCACGACACAGAGCAGUAGCAGUUCCGUCCCUUCAGCAUCCAUCGCUCUGGUUAUAAUGGCUCUCAGCCUUGUGGUGGGAAAGAUUUGAUCAUUUAAAACAUCUUACCUUUCCGAAUAUGAUUGUGUGAACCAUCUGUCUGAACUUUGCAGGAACCUUAGGUUGUUGGACACAUCACUAAAAUAAUUUUGUUGACUCCAUUUAAGUGCUAUGAGUUGCUAACGUCUGCAAAUAUUCAUUAGGGCUUAAUGGGAAGAGGUAUUUUCGCAAAUUGCACGGCCACACCCACACACAAAAAAAAUUGGCUGCCAUAUCACUUAAAUGCAUGUUUUCAGCCUGUGGAUGGAAAUCGGGAAAGAUGGAAAAGAUUACGCCCAUAUAAUGCAAGAUUACCGCAAUACUAUUAUUCGCAUGCAAUUCUAACAUCUAAAAGUAUGUAUUUGAUACAUUUUCAAGGUGACCCAGUAAUUAUAAGGGACACUAUGAAAAGAUGGGUAGAUCAUCCGUCUGAGCCCCGGUAGUAAGGGUAUACAUGUUGAACCUAUGUGCGUGUCCACUGUUGCCUAGUUGUUUUGUUCUUUAAGAGCUGAUUAUCAACUAGAUCUCCCUACAAAAAGAUUAAGUACUUCAGCCCACUACUCAUAUUUAUCUGGUGUUAAAUUACUGGAGUUAUAUCAAGUGUGGACAAACUUUUUGACCCGCGGCCACAAUUGUCCUAAAAUUGAACACAAGGCCCGGUCAGGAGCAGAUAGAUAGAGAGUUUGUGCGAACUAAGACAAACGACAUGUUAAAGUCAUGCAUAAAGGCUAUAAUGCUUUCAUCAUUAGGGAAAUGUGGGCAUUCCAGGGAAAAGGCAGACGUAUAAUGAUAAUAAAGAUUAAUUAUAUAAUUUGGAAUGUGAAAAGCUGAACGAGCUGCAUCCGGCCUCCAGACCUUAGUUUGCCCAUGCCUGGGUUAAAUGCAGGUCACGUCAAAACAACCCAUUUAUUUUAUUGUAGUAGUAGACUCCACGUCUCAAAGCUUCAUUGGAACUUCCCUUAUGUAGGUAAUUGCCAACUAGUAGGUAAUCGCCAACUUGCUCCUAGAUAAUCUUUGGUCACCGUCAUUGGUUUUAUUUUAUCCUACAGGAGUGGAUGACACAUUCAUACUUCAACACAUAUAUAAUAAUUGGCAGUGUGUAACGUACUUAACAAUUUUAAAGGCACAGUUGCUGGGAUUUGCUAACAUCAGUGUUGAUAUUACAUUCAGUACUUCUGUUAAUGUGACAUGAUAAAACACAAUAAUAGCAUGCUGCAUGAAAUAUCUGUACUCACAAUGUUAAAGAAAUUAUAUAUUUUUUUACUGUACUGUGAUAAAUUAGGGGUAGAUAUAUAUAUUUAGGAGCCAAUGGAUUUAAGGUUUUGUCUAACAUAAAAGUAAGUUAAAUGUUCUAUGACAUAAUUCUGUGUCAGAAAUAUACAUUUAAACACAUAGAAAAUAAAUUAUGUUUUCAAAAUAUGUACAAAAAAAUCAUAGAGCAUAAUCUGAAAUAAAGUAAAGUUUAUUGAAAAAACAAAAACAUAUUUUGCUAAAUGCAUUUUUAAAUAUAUUUGAGUGUACCAACACCACGCCAUAAGGGUGUUUUUUUGUUCAUUGGUGGUAGUAUUUUAAUGGGGUGGUUUCUUUUGAAAGGAAGGAACAUUAUUGAUGCUGAUGUUUUCCGAUGGAGGUUCCGUAGGUUGCGACACGAUGUAUAGCUUCACACGGUCAAUAAAUGUUCUGGUGUUCAUGA